UACGUAUAAAUAUUUUAGGUACAGUACUUAUGGCUAGGUGCAUAUGUCUGUGUUUACCGAAACUUGUUCUUGUUUGGGAAAGAGUUCGCGUUUUAUGAAGAAUGGAUAUUUUUGGGAGAAUUAGGCUGGAGCAUGGUUUUCAUUCGUUGUACAGCUGCGUGAAAUGGUAAUCUGCGAAGUGGGCGAAACGUUAGGAGGUGCUGAAGAACAGGCCGCUGGAUCGUAUGGUUAUAUCGGAUUUCUUCUCACGGCCGCAAUCGUAUGGGGAUGUACCAAUCCAUUUAUACGACAAGGAUCCAGAGCGAAUUCGGCGAAGUCGAUCUCAGAGAUUCAGAAACGUCAGUUUGCCUCUUGCGGCGUGUGGUGGUGGAUAUGGAGAAAUGUCUGUAAACUAGGAAGUUUCAUGGGAACUUGGCAGGUAUUUCUACCAUUUGUCAUCAACCAGUGUGGGAGCGUAUUUUUCUGGAUGGGUUUGGCGCACGCUCCACUGCGCUUUGCUGUACCAUUUACGAAUGCUUUAACAUUUUUAUUCACCACUUUGACUGGUGCGUUUCUUGGAGAGACAAUUUCCCGAAAGCACCUGUGUGGGAUGAUUUUGGUUUUAACUGGUAUUUAUUUUUGCACAAACGAUGGCUGAGGUACAAGGCGUCACUGAUACUAAAAGUAACAACAAUCCAACUUAUUACUUACUAUAAAGACAUCGCAAAUGAAUACUUCUACUCGUUCGGUAGCAGGU